AUUGAAUAGCUGGAAAUUCAAACCGUAUGACCUUUCAAGGUUGAAACGUACAGUUUGUUAAUGUGAGAACAAAAAUGGAAAAGGAUUUAAGCUAUGGCGAAGCAAUAGGGAACGCUAAUAAAUCAGGUGACCUUAAUCUAAGAAAUACCACUGCGCAAGUUAAAAACGAAGAAGAGGUUCAUAAGAAUUCUCAGGCUCCUGGUGGUACUACUAGUAUUCUAAGUAGUUAUUUUACAAAAGAAGUUACAGCUGAUGAAGAUCCAUUCGAGUCUGUGUGUGAAUCGAACACUACUGAUGGACUGAUAAAAGAGUCAGAAUCAGUUGAGAAGUCUGUUUCAUUGAAAAAUAUUCAACCAGAAGUUAAACAGGACACGGCUAGUUUAAAUCGUCUACGACAACGAGAUGCUUGGCUACCAUCAGAAUCGACUAGAAAUGCUUUAUUGAAUCGAAAUACACCUACAAAGCUUGCUGAGAUAAAACCUGUUCUCAUGGGAAAGGAUUAUGAAAUUGUCAAUAACAAUAGUGGUGUCAGUCCCACCACAUUCUCUGAUCCAUUUCAUCAUCUACUGGUUCAAUUUCUGGGUGAUGAACCAGGAGUGAAUGCGAUCCGACGAGCACCGUCUAUUGAACAAGUGAAUCAGAAUGUUGAUGGUUUGAAAGAAUUGAUUGCUAAUGGAUGGUAUACCUGCGCUUUAAGUCUUACCUAUCGUAUUCUAUCAAAUAUGGGAUUUGAAGAAGGCAAAGGUGGGUCGGCGCUGACUCCGUACACUGCUCAGAUUUGGCUUACUCGACUAGCCUUAUUAGUACGUACACGAAAUUAUGAACUGGCUGAACGUGAACUAGCCACCUUUCAAAAUUUAGAUGCACCAAAUGUUUAUUUUGAAUAUACACCUGAAUUGUAUCCUGGACGAACAGGUUAG